AUAAUAAUAAUAAUGAUGGAAGUAACAACUGAUCAAGAAGCGCAGGCAGUUCUUCUUAACGGAAUGGAAGGCACACAAUAUAUUACAAUUCAGCGUGGUGAUAAUGAAUCAAUAAAUAAAGUACCAUUAAUAACACUUAAUGGUGAAUUAAUAUCAGAAGGAAUGGUUGUUGAUAUGAUAAAUGCUGGAGUAGGUACUGAAUUUAAUUCCGCUGCUCAAUAUUAUGAAGAUGAUCUUCUUCCACACGAAUUAACUGAGGAGGACCGCAAAUUAGCAGCCGCUUUGGUGGCAGUUCAACUUCAGCAGCAGCAAAAGCAUCAGCAAAUGCAUAAUCAAACACAGCAUGAUGAUCCGGCUUUACCAGAUGUCAGUCAAUUAGCAACAUUAUCACCUGUUAAUGCUUAUACCAUACAGACAAUUGUUGAGCCUGAACCGUCAUCAAUUUAUUCAGCAAUUCAGUCGUUUAAGCGUAUCAAUCAUCACGUUAAACAGGAGUUUAUAAAUGUUAAAAGUGAAUAUGAUAUUGAUAUAUCAGCUGAGAGUAGCGAGGAUGCUACAACGCCUAUAUCUGGACCCAAACGAUCGUUGCCUCAUAAAAAGCGGAUUGCGAGAAAAUUAAAACAACAGAACAAAACAAAUUUAAAAAGAAAUUCUGGAAAAAAUAAUCAGGAUGUUAUUGUUUAUAAUAAUGCUAAUGAAGGUCUAAGCCAGUCGUUUAAAUGUGAAUUAUGCAAUAGUAAAUUUAAUACACAAUUGAAGUUUUUUGAACAUCUUAAGAAUCAUUAUGAACCAGUAAAGCAAGAAUCAAGGAUAGUACAAACAACCAAUACUAACAGUAUACCAAUUUCUGCACCAGAAACUGUUCAAAAUUUAGCCAAUACUGGUAUCGAAGAAUUUAGCGAGCCCGAAGACUUAAUGGAGGGGAUUAGAGGAAAUCAUUAUGAACCAGUAAAGCAAGAAUCAAGGAUAGUACAAACAACCAAUACUAACAGUAUACCAAUUUCUGCACCAGAAACUGUUCAAAAUUUAGCCAAUACUGGUAUCGAAGAAUUUAGCGAGCCCGAAGACUUAAUGGAGGGGAUUAGAGGAGUUGUGGAAGAAACCGGAGCACGCAUUGAUGAAGAUUCAGAAAUAAAUCCACUUGCAGAAGUUAAUCACAGCUCAGCUCUUUGGUCCAUAUCUACGAAUAAUACUGACCCAAUAGGUCAUAAUUUAAAUGAAUCAUCGAUAGUUGAUGAUCAAGACUCAUCCGAUAAAUUUGAUACUGAAACUAGUAGCCCUAAAAAAAAGAAGACUAGCAAAACGCGCAAAACACAAAAUAGUGAAAUGACAUGCCCACAAUGCGGUAGAACGUUUCAUCAUAAAAACAGUCUUGUUUAUCAUAUGAGAUCUCAUAGCGGUGAACGUCCUCAUCAGUGUGAAAUUUGUGGCAAAAGCUUUUUUGCUGCUAGUGCUUUAAAAGUUCACAAACGCUUACAUAGCGGAGACAAGCCAUAUAAAUGUGAAGACUGUGGUCGUCAUUUUCGGCAAUGGGGAGAUUUAAAAUCAUUAAUUCAAGAUCUUGUUCAAGAAUUAAAACUUGAGUCACCGAAUAGUAUCGUUGAAAUCGUCCCGCCAGAUGAUAAUCCUGAAAGUAUUUUGCCUCAUGAAGGUGGUUCUCAGAGUUUAGACUACAAUGUUACUGAUUCCACUGAUGCUAACUCUGAUCGUGAUCCACUUGAAGCUGUUGACAGAACAUCCGAUUCUUUACAAUAUUUUUUUAUGUAAACGAACGUGCAGCAAGUAAUUCAAGUUAUAAAUGA